AGCAGUUAAAUUGUCAAGGGUAGAAGCUGGAAAAUGUUGUUCUGCCCGUGCCACUUCUCUUAGCACAGAUCUGACUGCAAUGUUUAAUUGUGGUCGGAAGAGGAGGGAAAAUAUUAAGCUGGUGUAACUGCUGUGUGGAUGCUUAGCUAGGAGGCUUAGAAACAGCUGGGGCUGUUUUGAAGCCUGCCCUUGAUUUGGGUGAUUUUUCUGUGUAUUUGGCACAAUGACAAACCUCCACAGGCUUUAUUGCUGCUGUGUUAGUAACACUGGAGUGCUGCAGAGGGGAGAGAUCUUGGUGUGCAGGGGUUGCCUUUUCCUAGCUGACACAAGUGGUUUUAGGAGAACUUGCAACAAAGCCAAUCAACUCUGGUAGAGCAAAGUAACCUUGUAAAAGUGGAAUUUCAAGACUGUUGCUUAAGCUGGAUAUCCUAAACGUGUAUGAAGGCAGUAAGUGGCUGGCAUCCUGCUGUUAAUGUGUUUUAGAAGAACUUUCUGGAAGACAGUGAGAGUUCUCCUAUGUUGCAUGGUGGGAAAGGUUAUGGUCAAGACUGAUCCUUACUGUGCUGCCUGUAUAAAUCACCACAGAGGCGAGAACAGGAUCAGGAAAGACUGAUGGGGAUGUCAGGAACAGCAAGUGAGUGUCCUGGCCCUUGGCCAAAGCCUCUUGAGCUAAGAGGGACACCCAGUAAGAGUUAACUGGCGGUGAGUGUGAUGUAAGGGUUCUGGGUUAAUGGGAGUCAGGUGUUGAGCAAUGGGAGCAGCUCACAUGGCUGCUCUGUGUCAGAUGGGUGGGACUGUACAGCCCCGGCUUCCCUUUUAAGUAGAAGGGCAGGGCUUGUGCAGCCAAUCCCACCGGAGCCAGCCUCGCUCAUAGGCAUGUGUCAUGAGACUUGCUGGUAUUUCCUUUCCACUACGCACUGAAAUUAGCUGAGGGGAAUCAUUCAGUUUUACUUCCCUUCCUUCCCGGUGGGUCUGAGCAGGGCAGCUGAGUCUGGGGCUCAGAAAGAUGCUCUGCCUCUGUCUGUACGUGCCGGUGCUCGGGGAGACGGAGUUUGAAUACUUUGAGUCGAAGGGGCUGCCGGCCGAACUCAAAUCCAUCUUCCGCCUCAGCCUCUUCAUUCCUUCCCAGGAGUUCUCCACCUACCGCCAGUGGAAGCAGAAAAUUGUGAAGGCUGGAGACAAGGACCUGGAUGGACAGCUGGAUUUCGAGGAAUUUGUUCACUAUCUCCAAGACCAUGAAAAGAAGCUGAGACUGGUCUUCAAGAGUUUGGAUAAAAAGAAUGAUGGCCGCAUCGACGCCCAGGAGAUUGUACAGUCACUGCGGGACCUGGGAGUCAAGAUCUCUGAACAGCAGGCUGAGAAAAUACUCAAGAGAAUAAGGACGGGACACUUCUGGGGUCCUGUCACCUACAUGGACAAAAAUGGGACGAUGACAAUUGACUGGAAUGAGUGGCGAGACUAUCACCUGCUGCACCCAGUGGAGAACAUUCCUGAAAUCAUCCUGUACUGGAAGCACUCCACGAUCUUUGAUGUAGGAGAGAACUUGACUGUCCCUGAUGAGUUCACAGUGGAAGAGAGGCAGACAGGGAUGUGGUGGAGACAUCUGGUUGCAGGUGGAGGUGCAGGUGCCGUGUCCAGAACCUGUACAGCUCCCUUGGACCGCUUGAAAGUGCUCAUGCAGGUCCAUGCCUCCCGCAGUAACAACAUGUGCAUCAUCGGCGGGUUCACUCAGAUGAUCCGGGAGGGUGGGCCGAGGUCACUGUGGCGAGGGAACGGCAUCAACGUGCUCAAGAUCGCACCCGAAUCGGCCAUCAAGUUCAUGGCCUAUGAGCAGAUCAAGCGGUUCAUUGGUACUGACCAGGAGAUGCUGAGGAUCCACGAGCGGCUGUUGGCUGGUUCUCUGGCUGGGGCCAUUGCUCAGAGCAGCAUCUACCCCAUGGAGGUUCUGAAAACACGGAUGGCUCUAAGGAAGACAGGACAGUAUUCGGGCAUGUUGGACUGUGCCAAAAACAUCCUCACAAAGGAAGGAAUGUCUGCCUUCUACAAAGGCUACAUCCCCAACAUGCUGGGAAUCAUUCCAUACGCUGGUAUUGACCUGGCAGUCUAUGAGACACUAAAGAACACCUGGUUGCAACGCUAUGCCGUCAACAGUGCCGACCCCGGGGUCUUUGUCCUGCUGGCCUGUGGCACCAUCUCCAGUACCUGUGGACAGCUUGCCAGUUACCCACUGGCUCUCGUGAGGACACGCAUGCAGGCCCAAGCUUCAGUGGAGGGUGCUCCCGAGGUGACAAUGAGGGGACUGUUCAAACACAUCCUGAAGACAGAGGGAGCGUUUGGGCUUUACCGGGGUCUGGCGCCGAACUUCAUGAAGGUGAUCCCAGCUGUGAGCAUCAGCUACGUGGUGUAUGAGAACUUGAAGAUGACUCUGGGCGUGGAUUCACGGUGACCAGGAGAUGCUGAGGACUUGGAACUCUGAAAUCUUGGGAUGCAAUCCCAAGACGUAUAAGCCAUCUCUCAUUCUGUGAAUGUGUCGACACUAAGCUGACUAAGCAAAGCUGUGAAAUCCCAGAUUGUUUGUGAGUCAGUAAGGGGGAGGGGAGGAUCUGGUGUCUUUUGCCAUCUUGCUACUCAGAGCUCCACAUAAACCAUCACGUGGUCCUUUUUGUUGGGCCUUUGGGAGACCAGGAGGUGAACUCCUGAGAGAAUCUUAGGGCAGGAGUUGCUGAGGUCAGUUCCCAGCAGUAUGACAGAGUAGCAAAGAUCUGGGUUACAGGUCUGCUCUCAGCCUGUUGCCUGUACAGAGCUGUUUGCCUACAGAUGAGCACCUUCUGACUUGCUGAAAGAGCUUCUUUUUCCAUUCAGAGAGCUGCUUUUUCCAUUCAGUUGUUUAACUUCCUACCCAUUGUUUAAAUUUGUACAAACCUUGUGUAGGAGCUGCUGCCACACCGGGCUUGUUAUAAUGUUUACAAAUAUUCCUUUGGGUAGGAGACAUUCAUGUUCUGCUUCCAAGACUUGACAUGAAAUGUAAUUUUGAUCUAUACUGGUUUGGAGGGCUGGUGGGCAGUGGUUUAUCCAGUCAGGCUGAAGGUUGCUUAAGCCAGCCUGAUGAAGAAUUAGAAUUAUUUAUUUUUUAUAGGUUUAAGUGUGUCUCAUAAACCCACUAACAAGAUGCACUUACUAACAGAAGCAGCAGACUAGAGCCUGCAUGCCUGUAUCCUUUGCAUGCCGGGAUUGGCUUGUCUUAUACUCAGCAGGGGCUUGGGAAGGGGAAGGCAGGAGGGCCCUGGGCUGACCGGCACCGUGAUGCAUGGCUUUAGUGAACAAACACGAUAUUUCACAGCUCCUGUGCAGUUGUGCUCCCAGCACGACGUGAGAGCCCCUGUGCAGCGUUGCAUGGACCUCUCAAUUCCAUUCUGCCUGGUGCCAAGGAGAGCUGUUGGGCCUUUUCCAAACCCCGUGCCUACGCUGCUAUUUCUCUCUUUAGACCUCUUGGUAGAUGGAUGUUCAGGUUUCCGUGGGUGCCCCAAGUCAGGAAUGUCCGCUGUGGGAAGGGGUGUUAGGGAGAGGGGCUGGUUGUCACUGGGAGAGGUGAGCUUUCAGUCCUGAAGACAUGCUUGCUUGUCUUUCAAAGGGUGCUUUUCACAAGGCUAAGGGAAAGAGAUGGCUUUAAAAUUUCUCUGACUGCAUUAUGGGCUGCUUUAGUUAAUAGGAUCUGGCUUCUGAGGCCUGGAAGAUCCUCAUUCAACUUUUCAUUUUGGGCAAAAUGGACCAGCGUUGCAUUCCACUGUUUUACUGCUUAAAGCAUAUUUAUUUUGUAUUUAUUUGAACAGAGUUAUGUCAGACUAUUUUUAUAGACUUGUUUAAAUAUUGUUACUGUGCUUAUAUUUCUCCUGUUUUAAAAAGUUCUCUAUUAGUUCUCUCACAUCACACACAGCUGAGUCGUGGGGAGGGACCUAAAGUCACUCAUGUACCUUCCCUGUGGGGCUUGAGCUGCCUUUCCCACAUCUGGGGUUGUUGCUGGAGGACCUCAGCCCAGAGAAAUUCUGUAGCAAGAAGCCAUAGGAGAGAAGGGAGCAGGUGAGGAAGCAGAAGCUUGGGGAGAGGGUGCACUGUGAGGCUUGCCUUAGUUUGGAAUUGCCUCUGUGCAUGGCUGAAAGGCUUUGGGUGGAUGGCUGAAGUUGGGAAGUAGAAGGUCUGUGUAUGUUGGAUGUCACAACAGCUAACUAAGAGCAAUUUGGGGAAUUUUUAGGUGAGGGGGGAGGAGAGAAAUCUCAGGGACUAAAGACAAUACACAUUUCCAGAGAGGUGGAAGGAAACUUGCACUUGGACAUGAGCUGAAUCAGUGCUUUGAGGCUGAAUCAGAAGACCCUGCUGCUGAGUGAGUGCUCAUCACAUGCAGGAGGACACUGUGGAGAUGUGUGUGAGAAACUGGAGAAGGAUUUGCUAGCACUCAGCAGCUGCUUUUUUUUUGGACAGAUUUUGGUGGUUCAUGGAGAGUCUCCCAGGUGAGGCUAUGCCUUAACUCUCAGUGCUGUCAAUAGCAGCCUCUUGGAAAUCUAACCAAUCUGGAUUAGUGAUGAUUUUUUUCCACCCCCCUCUUCCUGAGACCUGUCACAAAUUCUGCAGUGGUUCCUUCCUACCAGUGUGGCCUAAUGAGAAUAUGAAUAUCAGAAUGCAAAAAUCAAUGCAAAAUGACAACCAUCUUUGUAGCUGUAACCACAAAUUGUUAUAAUGCAAAUCUAACUCGGAUUCUUCAUGUAGGGAACAGUCUGCUAAUAAAGGUCUGUUAAAGAGA